AGCAGCAGUCGCCGAUGGUGGCCGAGCUCUAUUUAUUGUGCUCGUUUCGUGUUUUCUGAUUUUCAUUUGUGAUUCUGUCGUUAAGAAUGGCCUCGACAAUUUUAAGGAAUUUUCGGGCUGUAGCAAGGCUCGGCUCCGCAGCUAUUGCAAAACGUUAUGUAUCAGUUUUUCCUGUCCUAAGAAACACGGCACAGCCACCUCCACCUGAUAAAGUUGAGAGCCGACCUACCGUUCGUAAGCCAGUUGAUGAGGCUGUCAGUACUCAGCUUAAGGAAUUUGGAGCUUACGCAGCAACAUGUCUAGCAAAGUACAUUCAACAUGUUCAACUGGCCCUGGGUGAUGAAUUGGAACUAUUAAUUUCACCGGAUGGAGUGAUUCCUGUUCUAUCUUUCUUGAAGGAUCAUCAUAAUGCCCAGUUUGCCUCACUUGCUGAUAUCACUGCACUGGAUGUUCCAAGCAGGCAAAACAGAUUUGAGAUUGUCUAUAAUCUCCUCUCACUUCGCUACAACUCUCGCAUCAGAGUUAAAACCUACACUGAUGAGCUUACUCCAAUAGACUCCGCAGUUCCUGUCUAUAAGGCAGCCCUGUGGUAUGAACGUGAAGUCUGGGAUAUGUAUGGAGUCUAUUUCGCAAAUCAUCCUGAUCUCCGUCGCAUCCUUACUGACUAUGGUUUCCAGGGACAUCCUUUGCGAAAAGACUUUCCCCUCAGUGGAUUUGUUGAGGUUCGUUACGACGAUGAGUGGAAGCGAAUUGUCACAGAGCCUCUGGAAAUGACUCAGGAAUUCCGUAGAUUUGAAUUAUCUGCUCCUUGGGAACAAUUUCCGAACUUCCGAAAUGCUCCAUCACCGUCAGAAAGUGAACCCAGUGACAAGCCAGAGAAGUAAACGAGUCUCUAUUGGUUUCCUCUAGUGCAUCAGCCAAAAGAAAGCGUCUCCUCCAAGGAAUUCAUUGUACCUCCUGUGAAAUGUAGACGUUUUGUAAUUCCCGCUAGGCGGUAAAUGUACAUCUCUAACUUA